AUGACAACCUAUGGCGAGUGCAAGGUCACACUCGAGGAUGGCACGCACUACGAUCUCUCGUCCCUCGCGUCCGCUGCGAGCGACUACGACGCCGACUCGGGAGGUGGCGAAGACUUCAAGCUCAACGUCUGCCGCGGCGUCGUGAGCGAGCUCUGGAACGUCGACGACCCCGAAAAGGUGGGAGGAUUUAUCAAGCGGCCUGAUGGCAGUGGCGACUUUUCUCUCGGUUCGGUCUCCAACAAUCUCACACUUGCGCCUGGAACACGUGAGCCAAUGCUCAUUUACGAGCAUGGCUCCAAGUGUCCCUCGAAUGAGAACGAGUAUGCCUCGACAGCUAUCAGGUUCGUCUGCAGCCCGUCCGACUUUGGUGCCGGCACCCCACGACUCCUUGCCGCUCUGCCUCCAGGCGACAGGGCGUGCCACUUCUUCUUUGAGUGGAAGACGCAUGUCGCCUGCCCGGCCAACCCACGCGCAGAGCUCGAGAGUGGACAUGUAGUCAUCUUCUUCGUCUUCAUUGCGAUCGCCGUUCUGACCUGGUUCGGCGGCCACACCCUCUACAACAGGUUCUUCCUGGGCCGCCGGGGCCUCGAGCAGUUCCCCUUCCCCAGCUGCGAGUGCAGGAAGCCCAAGGUGCAGCUGCAGUCUACCCAGGAGGAACGUCCUCGCGCCUCGCGUUGGGCGUGGAAGCGCCGCUCCCAGCGUAGCGGAUACAGCCACCUCCCGACAGAACACGACGAGGAGGAGGCGCUUGCGAGCCGGUUCUCGCUUGCCGACGACGACGACGACGACCACGACGAUGCCCGUGCUCUCGGUGGCGAGGUGGAUGCCUGGCGCGGACACGGACACGGUGGAGCGCGGUCGUCCGAGGAGAAUGGCGAGAGCAGGGUGGGUGUCCACCAGGGUCUUGUGAACCUUUAG